AUGAAGCGUAUACAUUUUGUGUUUGUUAUACUUGGUUUACUUUGGAUAUCUGGUAUUGCACUUUAUAUGUCAAGUCGUCAAAAAGUUGAACAAAGUAUUCAAGAGGAGCAAACUAAACCAAUACAAGGUACAAGAACAGAUAAAAAGAAAUUACAUUGCGACUACAUUGAUAUGGUUUAUACAUGGGUAAAUGGUUCCGAUCCAAAACAUAUUGAUUCAAGAACAAUGAGAUCAGGUAAUACAAGACAUUCAUCACCAGGUAAUAAUAGAUAUAGAGAUUUAAUGGGUUUAAAAUAUUCAUUAAGAAGUAUUAAAAAAUUUGCACCAUGGAUUAAAAAUGUUUGGGUUGUUUCAGCUUCACAAUAUCCAACUUGGUUCGAUCCAUCUUCUGAUGAAGUUAAAUUCAUUUUCCAUGAAGAUUAUUAUUCAAAUCAAGAUGAUUUACCAACAUUUAAUUCAAAUUCAAUUGAAAGUAAUUUUUAUUCAUUACCAAAAGAAGUUUCAGAUUGUUUUAUUUAUUUUAAUGAUGAUAUUUUCUUUGGAGCACCAGUGUCGGUGUCAGAUUUUUGGGAUUCAGAUGCAGGUCAAGCAAUUUAUAAGAGUAGUUGGACAGCACCACAAAGUAAAGAGAAACAAUCGAAUAUCUGGCAUGCAUGUAUUGCCUAUACCAAUGAUUUAUUGAACAAUAUUUGGGAGGUUGAUAAUAAGAAUCGUCAUUAUGCAUCACAUGGUCAUCAAUUCUUUACUCGUGAGAUCUUUGAUCGUAUGUAUCAAGAUUUGGAACCAGAGUUUAAGAAAACCUCUGCCAAUCCAUUCCGUACAGCUCACGACCUUCAAAUUCCUUUCCUUUAUUUGGCUUAUGUAACUCGUUUCUAUGCUACUUAUGAACCAACUCCAAUCAAUUAUUACGCUUUGAUCAUGGAUGAUCACGAGAAAAUGAAAAAAGAAUUUGCAAAGAUUUUAGCAAAGAAACCAAAGACUGUUUGUUUAAAUGAUGGUCUCUCUCCUGAUAAACCAAAUACUAAGGUCGUUGAUGAAUUAGAGAAAUUCUUUGAAACUUAUCUUCCAGAACGUGGUUCAUGGGAAAAAUCAAAUUAA